AUGAAUAAUAAUACCACUAAUGAUAUAUUAUCGUCAUCAUCUGAUAAUCCUGAUAUGGUGAUAUUAGGUCGCAGAAGUUCAGCUCGAAUUAAUUCACAGGAAAUUUCAAGCCUACGACGUCGGCCUAGCAUUCAUGGUGGAAUUUCAAAAAAAGGUGUUUCUCGUAGUUCAAGAAAAUCAUCUACAGGAACACCACAAGUAAGAAAAAAACAAAAAGAAAAUGAUAUUGAUUUACAAACAGGCAUGGAAUGUUCAAAUACCAAUGAUAUUCAUAAUUCAAGUUCAUCCAAAAAUUAUGAAGAUGAAGAAGAAAAUCCUCUUAAUACAUCAAGUGCUAGUGCUGAUACUAUUAUUGUUGAAGAUUUCAAUAAUAAUAAAAACUUACAAAAGCAACCAAUUGAAUAUUUUACACCUGUUAAUGGUACUGAUAGAGUCAAAUGUACCAUUUGUUCACGUGAAUAUAAAUAUAAUCCAUUUUCGGAUACAAACUUAAGAAGCCAUCUUGGAUUUAAACAUGGUUUUUAUUGCUACUUAUAUUCAUCUCAAAUAAAACAACGUGAAAAUCUUGAAAAGAAAGCUUCUAUUUUACCACAUGUGAAAAAAGAACUUGAUACAGCUGCAAUUAAAUGCAUAGUAAAGGAUGGUUUACCAUUUGGAACAUUUCGACGUCCUGGAAUGCAACAUUUUCUUGAUAUAAUUAAACCAGGUUAUCGUGGACCAUCCAGACAAACCAUUCGUAAACAUUUAGAUAAAAUGUACCAAGAACGAAGAUCUUCAUUAAAAGAAAAGUUUAAAACAGUUCCAUUUAUAUCUUUAACAACAGAUCUUUGGAUGAAUUCUGGACGACAUCAUUUCUUAGUAAUUACUGCUCAUUAUUAUAAUGAACAUUAUGAAACAUUUUCAGAUGUUAUUUCCUUUCGAUCUUUUCGAGGUCGGCACUUGAGUGCUCGAUUAAAAAAAUUUAUUAUUCGUGAAAUUAAAAAAUUAGAAAUCGAAACAAAAAUUUUUUCUAUUACAAUCGAUAAUGGUAGUGAUAUCAAAUCCGCAACAUCAUCACAAGAAUUCGGAAUAAGAUUUUCUUGCGAUGCUCAUAAUAUUAAUAGAACAAUAUCAACUGGUUUAGAUUUAUGGAAAAAAACAACAUCGAAAAGUAAAAAAGGUGAAAUAACAAUAGCAACAGCAACAUCACCAUCAUCAUCAGCAACAUCAAAAAUAACAGCACUUAAUGAACAUAUUCAUGAUUCUGAUGAUGAUACAGAAAGAUCACGUCUUGUCGAUAUCGAUGUGAUUGUUGACGAAUGGGUUAAUCACGAUGAAAAUUAUCUAAAUGACGAAGAUGAUGGUGAUAGUGAUUAUAUACCAACAUUAGGUGAUCUAGAUGAAACUGAUAGUUGUUCAGAUAUUUCUGAUGAUGAUAAUAAUACAACAUUAACACAAUCACAAAAAGAUAGUCGAAUAGAAGAAGAAGAAGACCAAGAAGAAGUAGAACAAUUAUUAUUAAAUCCUGACAAAUUUAAAAAAAGAAUUUCCAAUUUAUUUAAAAAAAUUCGUAAAUUAAUCAAAAUGAUAACUAAAUCAAGUCUAUUGACAACAUUUGUUCGUAAUGAAAUAAAACGACAACAAAUUGACCUUGAUACAGCAAUUAAUCCUGAUGGUAAUGAAGAAAAGACCAGAGCAAGUGAUUUGAUAAAUGACUUUUACAUUAGGUGGAAUUCUACUUGUAUUAUGUUGGCCCGUUUAUGGGCAGGUCAACAGAUUGUAAAUGACAUCAUUUAUUCACCUCAAUCUCAUGUUGGUUUAACAAUCAAACAAAUUAAAAAAAUACGUUCAUCACAAAUCAAUCAAUUUGAAUGGGAGUUAAUAGAAUCAUUAUCCAAUGUUUUAGCUCCAUUUUAUUUUGCUACGAAAUGUUUAUCUGGUCGUCAGUAUCCAACAUUAUCAUUAUCUUAUUGA